AUGGUGCCGUUUACCCAUUCAAAAGGGGUUGCUCCAUUUUCUCAGGGGCUCCCUCUUCAGGGCAAUAAAAAGGCACCUGCCGUUUCCGCUGAGUUGCCAUCUAUUCAAUCUAAAAAUAAUGCUGACCUUUUGGGGGACAUGGAAAGCCCCCUUACUAGCAUUGCGAGCCUCGUGCCUGACACCAGCAUGAGAAGCUUGGGCCCUGUCUCCAUAGAUGAGAAGGGAAUAUUCUCUUGGCCUGUGAAGGAGGAGUCUGUCGCAUCCAAGGACUUCAACCUUCCUAGCCAGUAUGGCAGUCGCGUUACUGCGAAUGAGCCGAAUUCCAUGGGUUUUCAAACCGCGUUGGAUGUAGAUCUUCUGGAUCUCGAUGACAAUUCUGUCGUUCUCCACCCUAGCAAAGUUAUGGGAUGGGAGACUGUGGGGAAGAAGAAGGGUAGACAUACCCCUUCCCUGGACCCCGGUUUGAAAACCACCGGGUUUACUGCUAGCACGAAAAAUAGAUAUGAAAUUUUAUCUGAUUCAGAUGUUGAUGAAAAUAAGGUCACUAUUGAGAAUACCGUUAAAUUUGUACAUGACGUAUGCCAGAAGCAUUUUGAAAAGCAAUUUCUCAAUAUUCCAAGUCAAGUCCAAAGGGAACAAGAGGCUGUGGCAGAGGCAGCUCAACUCGAAGCUCAGGCUGGAGCUAUGCAAGCUGAAAAUGUGUCGAACUCAGAGUCAGAUACCGAACAUGAGGCAGGAAAUGAAAUACCUGCAGAAAAGCCUUUUGUCAACAAAGGAAAGGUUCAUGAUUUUCCGGGUAUGGAAGCACACGAGGGAUCAGGGCACAAAUACGGGAUUGAUGCAGUACAUGAGCAGUGAGUACGUAGUCAAUCGAGUAAAGAAGAAGAAAGCGUAGCUACAAAAAUUUACCGGUAUGUACAUGUGACUGAUUACCAAUAAACAUGCGAGCCACAAGCUCGAUAUCCAACA